AUCUUAGCAAAACACAGUGGAUGAAGUACCAGUGCUCCUCCAACAUCGUCUGUCGGAUCUAGCCCGACCGAAAAAUGUCCGUCUGCAUCAAGUUGUCUCAAAAUUGGACUUCGUAGUUCAAGUUCACAACGUCUGGCGGAUAAUGAACGCAGGGUAUAAAGGGUGACUGAGAAUCACAAAUCUUCCGCUCAUGCGACCACCAAUCUUCAUCCACAUCACAGUCUUCACAAUCUUUCUUCGAUCAUGUCCAAGUCUAUUCUCGUCAUUGGUGGAACCGGACAGCAGGGUUCGGCUUUAGCCUCAGAACUCUUACGUCGUGGCCAUAAGGUCCAUAUCUUUACCCGAGAACCUUCGAGCCCAGUUCCCCAAGAGUUGUCGGGCCGUGGUGCUAUUAUCCACGCAGGCAACUUGGAUGAUAUUAAUGUGUUGCGAUCUGCAGCGCAGAAUGUGGACGGCGUGUUCUUGGUCUUGAGAGCCUUGGGUAGUGAAGUUUUUCAUGCGACCAACGUCAUUCAGGCUGCCAAAGAGGCCGGCGUGAUACAUAUGGUGUAUACCAGCGUGGCGCGGACAGGAGAUCAUGAAAAUUUUCCCAGAUGGCGCAAGGACUACCCAUUAGCGGAUUAUUGGCUUAACAAAGCCCUGAUCGAAGACAGGAUCCGCAGUGCUGGGUUCGUACAUUGGACUAUUAUGCAACCGGCAUUUUUCGUGCAGAAUUUCGACAAGCCGUAUACCGAUUAUAUGUUUCCUGGUCUCACUGAUAAAAAGGAGCUAGUAGUGGCUUAUAAGCCACAUACUCGCUUGGACUUAAUUCACCUCACGGAUAUCGCCAGACUUUGCGCGGAUGCCUUUGAUUUACCCUCAAAGUAUUCUGGAAAGACAAUUCCUUUGGCCGCCGAAAGCCUCACCAUCGAUGAGAUUGUUCAGAUUCUUUCUAACAGCAGCCAUGGACCUAUCAAGGCUAAAUAUCGCACUGCCGAGGAGGCGCAAAAACUGGAGGAUGAAGGAGAUCUUAUUAUAGCCUCUCAAAUAUGGCAGAGGGAUGUAGGGUACGGUGUUGACUUGCAAGAGUUGAAGCAAUAUGAUGACGCACAUCUCAUCACAUUUGCAGAGACCGUUGCACGAGGGGGUUUGAAGUGGUAAUUAUUGCAUUUUACUAUGCUAGGAUUCAAUUCUAGAUUUGCCAGAAACAAAUAGAUCACAGGCCUAGUCUCUGGUUCAGAGAUACAUUGAUUACCAAAAAGCACGUCCUAUACAACCGCAGCCUCGAAACUUCCUAC